UUUCAAGAAAUUUCUCCUUCCUUACCAACACUAUUCAUGUAGUUCCUUGUCCUAUAAUUUGUUAUUUUUUUGUGCUUCGGUUAUCGUGUUAUUAUUUACUAUAUGCUCUUUAAUACAUGUGUUACCUGAGUCGAGGGUUUUUUAAAAACAGUCUCUAUACCUCAACGAGGUAGGGAUAAGUUUUAUGUACACCCUAUACUUCCCAAACCCUCCCAAACCCCACCUAUGGGACUAAAUUAAUGUUGUUGUAGGUUUUCAAGGAAGUUGAAACAAAUGGUAUUUGGUUUUUGUUACUAUAACAACAUUAUUUUUCUUGUAACUCAUGAUCAAACAUUAACAAAUUAUUGUUUAAUUUUCUGUGUAGUAAUUUAUGAAGCAUUUUGAGCUUGAUAAGUUAUCAAUACUAUAGCAACACUGCUAUUCUUGAUCACCUUUUGUUAGCUUUUUCUCUAAGUUUUGUGUCAUUUGCAUUACUAAAAUCUUGCCGAGGAUCUAUUGGAAACAACCUCUCUAUCCACGCACGAAGUUAGCGUUAGUAAAAUCUGUGUUAUUUUCUAGUUGGAAAGUUGUAAAAGAUGAUAACAAUAUAGAUUAAGUUUUUAUUGAACCAUUGAUUCUAUGAGAAAUACUAAAUAUAUGCUAAAAUGAAAUAAAAAUUUGCUAUUGUUGAUCAACUUUUCAAAGCUUUUCAUAUAUAUCUCCAAGAAUUUGUUCUACUUAAUUUCUUUUAGGUAUUGAGUCUAAAAGUUUAUGUCUUUAUGUGAUCGCAGCAUCAAAAAGAUGUCUCGGGGUUCUUUAUCAUCAUUAUAGGUGUUGUUGGGGUGAUCGGAGUAGUUAUUUUUCGCCUGGUGCCCCGAGGAACCUAUAGAAGGUGAGCCUCGAAGCAAGAGGGGAAACGAAGAGUGGAGCAGUUGGUGCUGUCCAAGAAGAUAAGAAAAUGCAGAAAGGUUCAACACAUGAAGAGUUUGCUCUAAAGCAAACAGCUCCAAAAAUUGUUGGAUCAGGGGUGAUGAUUGGAGGAGAUAAGGUAACCGUUGCCUAUGACCUCGUCGAACAGAUGGAAUAUCUCUAUGUUCGCGUUGUCAAGGCUAAAGAGUUAACAAAGGAUGUCACAGGGAGCUUUGAUCCUUAUGUUGAAGUAAAAGUUGGGAAUUACAAGGGCAUCACUAAGCAUUUCGAGAAGAAAACCAACCCCGAAUGGAACUAUGUGUUUGCGUUCUCUCAGGAUCGGCUUCAGGCUUCUUACAUUGAAGUCUGUGUGAAAGAUAAGGAUGUCGUGUUGGAUGAAAUGAUAGGAAGAAUCGUGUUUGAUCUCAUUGAUGUACCAAGAAGAGUUCCACCAGAUAGUUCAUUAGCCCCACAGUGGUAUAGGUUGGAGGAUAAAAGAGGCGAAAAGUUGAAAAAGGGGGAGAUCAUGCUUGCUGUUUGGAGAGGAACUCAAGCAGACGACGCGUUUUGUGAUGCGUGGCAUUCGGAUGCAGCAGCUGUGGGAAGUGAGGGGAUUUCAAGAAUUAGAGGAAAGGUAUAUCUUUCUCCUAGACUUUGGUAUAUCAGAGUUAAUGUUAUUGAGUGUCAAGAUUUGCUUCCAAGUGAAAAGAAUCGCCAACCCGAGUGCUGUGUGAAAGUUGUAUGUGGAAAUCAGGCCUUGAAAACUAAAAUUUGUCCGAUAAGAAGUGUCAAUCCAAUGUGGAAUGAGGACUUGGUUUUUGUUGUAGCUGAACCAUUUGAAGAGCCUUUGGUUAUAACUGUGGAGGAUAAAGUUGGAUCAAAUUUCGAGUUCUUGGGAAAAUGUGUGCUUCCUUUAAGCAUUGUCCCUAGAAGGCUUGACAACAAGCCUGUUCCUUCUAAAUGGCACAAUCUUGAGAAACAUACAGUUGUAGAAGGGGAAAAAAAGGAGACUAAAUUUGCUAGUAAGAUUCAUCUGAGGCUUAGUUUGGAUGGCGGAUAUCACGUGUUGGAUGAAUCGGUACAUUACAGCAGUGAUUUCAAGCCAACGUCCAAGCUUUUGUGGAAAUCAAGCAUUGGACUACUUGAAUUGGGGAUCAUUAGUGCAACAGGAUUGUCAGCUAUGAAGUCCAAGGAUGGACAAGGGACGACAGAUGCCUAUUGUGUAGCUAAGUACGGGCCAAAAUGGGUUCGGACAAGGACAAUCAUCGAUAGUUUUUCACCAAAAUGGAAUGAGCAGUACACUUGGGAAGUGCACGAUCCUUGUACCAUGAUCACAGUAGGGGUGUUUGAUAACGGAUACCUACAAGGGGGAAAAUGUACGAGCAUUGGAAAGGUGAGGAUUAGGCUCUCGACCCUUGAAACCGAGAAGGUAUACACACAUUCCUAUCCUCUUAUUGUCCUGCAACCAUCGGGCGUUAAAAAGAUGGGAGAAGUUCAAUUAGCUGUGAGGUUUUCAUGUACAUCUUAUGUCAAUAUGCUGUCUAAAUACGCUCAACCGUUGUUUCCAAAGAUGCAUUAUGCUCAUCCAUUAUCUAUCAGUCAGCAAGAUUUCCUCAGGUUCCAAACUAUUCAAAUACUGUCAACGAGGCUAGGCCGAGCUGAGCCACCGUUGAAAAAAGAGGUUGUGGACUACAUGCUAGACGUUGGUUCGCAUAUAUGGAGCUUAAGGAGGGCUAAGGCUAAUUUUUUCAGAUUAAUGUAUGUUGUGAGUCCAAUAAUGGCAAUUGGGAAAUGGUUUGAUCAAAUAUGUCAUUGGAAGAAUCCACUUACUACAAUUCUGAUUCACAUACUCUUUAUAAUAUUAGUCCUCUACCCUGAACUGAUUGUCCCUACAUUCUUUCUUUACCUUUUCUUGAUUGGCAUUUGGCACUAUAGAUCAAAACCAAUACAUCCACCUCACAUGGACAUCCAUCUAUCACACGCUCACGCUGUUGUCCCUGACGAUUUGGAUGAAGAAUUCGAUACAUUCCCAACAACAAGGGGCCCGGAUAGGGUGAGGAUGAGAUAUGAUCGUUUGAGGAGCAUUGGAGGCAGGAUACAGACCGUGAUAGGGGACUUGGCAACUCAAGGGGAAAGGUUCCAUUCAUUGUUGAGUUGGAGAGAUCCAAGGGCGUCGGCUUUGUUUGUCACAUUCUGUUUGUUUGCUGCAGUAGUCAUGUAUGUCACACCAUUCCAAGUCGUCGCGCUUCUCAUUGGACUCUACCUGUUAAGGCACCCGAGAUUUCGACACAAACUUCCUUCAAUGUCUACUAGUUUCUUCAAGAGGCUGCCUGCAAGAGCAGAUUGCAUGUUAUAGACUGAUACCUUACGUAAAUAUUUGGUUUAAGAAGGUAGAAAAUGCAGCAAAUGAACUUGAUAUCACAAAGAU